GUAGGACUCUGGGGUUACCAGUGGGGGGCAGCAUCACGCGAGCAGCAGCACGCGAGCAGGAAGUGAGGCGGAUGUUGAUGUUUCUGUAGUAAGCGCCAUAAGCACGUGCGCAUAGUCUAUGUUCUGGUUCUAAGAAGAAUCAUAUCUGUUUUCAUCGAAGAAGCGUUUAUUCUGGAUCCCAGGCGAGUUAUCUGAACUAUCUGGACUAUCUGGACUAUCUGGAGCAUUCGGAGAACGUUUGGAGCGAUGUCUGCGGCGCUGGUCAGGAGAGGUCUGGAGCUGCUCAGUGCAGACAUCUCAGAGGGACCAGAUGGAAAGAAGAAGACCAAACAGAAGGUGAUGAAGGACGGUGUGUCCAAGAGGUCCUCCAAAGCGCCCCCCCUUGGCCCCCACAGAGCCACAGUCAAAGGGCGCAGGAUGAGGAGCGCUCUGGAGGAGGCCAGCAGGGGGCAGCAGAAGGAGCACACUGCAGUGACCCUACAGUACUUCCUGCACAGUGGCAGCUCCGGCUCUGGAGACCAGACCGCUAAGAUCCUGAAGCAGAAUUCAGGGAGACAGUCCAAGAACCAUGUGGGAGACUCUACCCAAAGACCCCAGAAGCCCCAGAGCGUCUUCACUGAGGAGGAGUUCCAGCAGUUCCAGAGGGAGUACUUUGGCAGGACUGUGGAAGAGCAGUGACCCCUGAUAGCCACAGGGGGCGCUGUGUGGGACAAAUGCAGCCCUUUUCAGUUCCAGACUUUCCUCUGUUCCUAUGGGAGCGUUCACGUGUGUACAGAUUUAUCUCCACCAGCAUUUGUUUCACUUUUGUCACAUUUAAAGGUGGACUAUGGAACUUUUCUGGUGCAGGUGUUUGUCACCGUGGAGAUGGGACAGCUUUGGUCUGCAAUAAUCCACAGUAUGUUGAUGUUAUUGCUUAGCCUAAAGUGAUAAAUGGUGUGGCAUUAAACGUACUAUCUCCAAAAAGACAAGCAUAAGCCACAAGAAUAAGUUGCCAAGUCAGAUCUGUGGAGAUGUGAUUUCAUGUUUUAACUAGUAUAAAUAAAAACAUCUGCAAUCGGAAAGAUGCGAGAAAGAUGAGUUUAUGAGGAGGUUAGACUGAGAACAACAGGAUUCACAUUGUUAUAGUCAGACAAGAAAAAGAAGAUUACUGGAGAUUAAUUAGAGGAAGGACAUACAAGAAGGUUCUAUUUUUUUUAUUUUAUUUAACCUUUAUUUAACCAGGAAAGUCCCAUUGAGAUUACUAAUCUCUUUUUCAAGGGAGUCCUGGCCAAGACAGCAGCACAGUUACAUUACACACAGACAUUUCAACACAUCACAAAAUGGAUUCUUAAAAGCAAUUACAAAUCAUAGACUUAAUUUCCAAACCUUUCAACAUAGAUUUAAACUGAAGUAUUAAAGUCAGUUCUUGUAAUUUCAAGACUUUUUGUAAAUUAUUCCAUGUUGAAGGCACAGAAUAUUGAAAUGCCACUUUACUAGUCUCUGUGCGGACACUUGGGACAUUUAGAUUAAAGGUUCACAGAAGAUACAAAGGGUUAACUCCUAAAUAUAAACAGCUGCACAUGUCCUCUAUCUGAACUACCAUCAAUGCCCCCUGCAGCAGAUUGUUUGUGCACUAGUGCCCUCUAGUGCUCAUGGGUGGAUUUGAUGAUCUAAACUGCAAAGUCCUAGAAAACACAAUAGUACAAGUAUUACUAAGAAUAGUUUGUGAUUAUGUAUAUUUUUCAGCUGGGACAAGUUUCGUCUUACAAGAUUUAAGUACGUUUAAACUGUCCAUCAAAUCCAAACUUGUUCUCAGGCUUCCCAUCUGGAACUUUACACACUGCCCGGCCAAAAAAAAAAAAGGUCACACACUCUAAUAUUUGGUUGGACCUACUUUAAUUUUGAUUACAGCAUUGUUUUGAUUUCGCUUCUGCAACGUCACAAGAUUUAUUUCCAUCCAGUGUUGCAUUAACUUUCCACCCAGAUGUUGCAUUGAUGAUGGUCGAGUCUGACGCUGCUCAAAGCUUCUCCAGCACAUCCCAAAGAUUCUCAAUGGGGUUAAGGUCUGGACUCUGUGGUGGACGAUCCAUGUGUGAAAAUGAUGUCUCAUGCUCCUGAUCCACUCUGUCACAAUUUGAGCCCGAUGAAUCCUGGCAUUGUCAUCUUGGAAUAUGCCCGUGUCCUCAGGGAAGAAAAAAUCCAUUGAUGGAAUAACCUGGUCAUUCAGUAUAUUCAGGUGUCAGCUGACCUCAUUCUGCUGAACCUAGACCGGACCAACUGCAGCAACUACAACAUAUUUGCUUAGUUAAAUCCAUGUAGCGACUUUUUUUUUUUUGGCCAGGCAGUGUAUUUCUUAAACCAUUCAGUUGUGACCUGACAUCUUCUGUGGCUGCAGUAACACACAGAGGGAAGUAAAAUUAAUGAAUUUACUGCUAUUUGCCAACAAAAUACAUGUUUUUACAGUGUUACAUCCAGCUUUGUGGCACAAUCUAAGACUUUAGGUCAGGGGUGUCAAACUCAAUUUCACCGAGAGCCAAUUUGCAUAGAUGUAAAAAAAAAAAUAAAAACAAAAUUACUGUGUAUCUGCCUAUACUGAUAAAGUGACAUUUUAAGACAGUCAUACAUUUUAAUUUACCUUGUCGUGGCCACAUAAAAUGACAUGGCAGGCCAGAUUUCGCCCCUGGGCCUUGAGUUUGACACAUGUGCUUUAGGUAAUCAUAUUUGACCAACUUUUACUAAAGUAACAAAAAUGAGUGUUUCUUCCACCACUGCAAUAGAUAAAUACAACCAUGGAAAUUAACUGCACAACAAUUUGGCAAGUUGUAGACUAUGUAGACCAGGGGCAUCAAACUCAUUUUCACAAAGGGCCACAGCAACAAAAUGGUCGCUCUCAAAGGGCCAGAUGUAACUAACUGUAAAAUAAAUGUCUCUAAAUGUAACCAAACUUAAUGUAAAAUAAAUGCAACUACUUUUGAAUCUUGUUAAUUCACAAUUUCUAUAUUUAUUACUUAUUCAAGUUACAAAUAUUGCAUAAGGAUGUGCAUAGAUAUGAAAAAAAAUGGCUGUUUAACUGUGCAUCUAAUGAUAAACUGACAUUUUAAAACAGUCAUACCUUGUAAUUUACUUUGUCGCGGGCCACAUAAAAUGACGGGGCGGGCCGCAUUUGGCCCACGGGCCUUGAGUUAGACACAUGUGAUGUAGACUAUAUAAGACAGAUUUAAAAUAAGAAUAAGAAAUGUGUUAUUUUCCCUCUGCUAAUAAGUUCCAUGCUUUUAGGCUGAGUGAUAAAUAGAAGGAAGAAGUAGUCGGUCUAAGUAAUGUGUAGGUAAUACAGAUUUGUAGGCACAUGUUCAUAAUCUGCACAGUACAUCACAAGUCAGAUCAAAGUCCAUAUGUUUCCAUUGUACGACGAACAAACACUUCUGUUCUGCCCCUUUGUGUAGGAUGAUAAUCUGUUCAAACAAAUGACACAUACAGCUAUCAGCAAACCCAUAAAAGCGGGUUAUUAAAAGCAUUCAUUUUACCAUAUUUACCCAAAACCUUUGAUUUCACUUUGAACCAUUUCACAAGGAGUAAAAAUCAAACAAAAA